UCUUAUGCUCGUUUAGUAGGUUAGCCUCCUCUUACCGGUGCGAUUCUUAUGGCGUACAAGUCGCCAGGUCCGCUGGCUGGCCUAUAGGGCCGUUUCUACUCCCUCGUCCCCUGCACCGUUAGUAACGCGCUUCACUCUAUUUCCCCUCGCGCACACUCUCAUUGGUUCGCCAGUAGACCAUAGGGUCGCCAGUAGAACAUAGGGUCGCCUGAGGCGCGCCGAGCAAUCUGCCUGCAUGCAGGCGGAGCGCACCCACGCUCAGCAAUGGACCCUCUCGUCCGCCUCCUCCGCCCGCCUCCCGCGCAUCGCAAAUCCCCCCCGCCUCGCCAAUCCCCCCCGCCUCGCCAAUCCCCCUCGCCUCGCCAAUCCCCCUCGCCUCGCCAACCCUCCGCGCAUCGCCCCGCGCUUGAAAGACCCGCCCUGCCUGACUGCCGCUCCGCCACCCGCGGGUUCCGCCACUUCCGGGCCUUCCGGGACCUCCGCGCCAGCCCCGCCUCCCCUUGCGGCGCAGAGCGCGGGGGAGCGGGGCGUGCUUGCGGUCUACGAGGCGCUGUCGGCGCGCGAGAGGCGCAAGCUGCGCUCCGCGCUGUUCCCCUGAGAGCGCGCGCGGCGGAAUCGGACAGCGCGGUCUGGCAGGCGAGCUGGGGGGUGCUGGCGCGCGCUGUUGCGCAGGAAUUGGGCGAGCCAGACACACGCGGGAGAGGCGGGGGGAAGGGGCGGGGGAAGGCAAAGGGGGGAGGGGUGGUGAGAGUGGGUAAAGGAGGAGCAGGGGCAGCAGUAGAGGGGCCAACAGUAGGGGGAGCAGUGGGGCCAGCAGAGGUGGAGGACAUGGUGUGGGCGCCCUUUGUCAAGUACCACCAGCUGCUGCUGACUGCCCACCACUGGAGCAGUUUCGUGCCCCUAUUGCUAAAGCUGGUGGCGAGGCACGGAGCGCUGCUAUUGGGCAAGCGCAGCAACGGGCAGCUGGUGAAGAACACGAGCCACUGGCUGCUGCACUGCGCGGUCUUUCCACCCGACAAAGCCGUCAGGGAGCGAGCGCUGGUGGGCCUGCUCAUCCUCAUAGCGGUGAGUUGACCUUCCAGAGUCCUUCCUUUGGACCGAUUCAGUGGUGAAGGGCACAGUGCACUGCCUGCUGCUCUGCGUGGUCUUUCCGCCCGGCCAGGCCGUCAGGGAGCGAGCAUAAGUGGUCCCGCUUGUCCUCAUAGCGGUGAGUUGGCUGUUGAGAAUACAAGUGUCGAGGAGCGCGAUUCACUGGCUGCUGCACUGCACGGCCUUUGCAG